GAACUCUACUCAAGUCCACACACAGGCGCCAUCACAACGCGCACAUCCCUCCUGAACGGCUUCCCACACGAUCCUGCUCACCACCAAUUCACCUUCUUCAACCCCUCAACGCACGCAACCAGCACGCCGAACAAAGACCUCGGCGGCGAUGCUAGCACGACAGGGAGUUUGAAUACCCUGGGGUACUCCCCAAUCCCCUUAUCCGAGUAUCUAGAAUAUGUGAAGACGAUUAGCGAGAGCUUGGGCGACGUACCGCCAAACGGGCGGGAAAGUUACAAGCUAGUAGUUGUGUCUGUGACGGGCAGUGCGGAGGAGAUAGCACAAUGCUACAGCCUCAUCUGCACCGCGCAGUCCAAUGUCAAAAUGCCGCUAGCCAUGGAAAUCAACCUCUCCUGCCCGAACAUCCCGGGCAAAACGCCACCAGCGUACAACACCGCUGCUCUCCGCGAGUAUCUGGCUGCGCUCAAAGUAGCCAUUGAUGUCGGCCUGACGAAAAGCGGGGGCGUAACGCAGAUCCCCGUUGGCAUCAAAAUCCCACCGUAUACGUACGGCGAGCAGUUCGAGGGUUUGGUUGGCGUGUUGGUGGAAAGUGGGCAGAACAAGAUGAAACCCGUUUACCUACCCAGCCCGAUAUCUUUCAUCACAGCCGUAAACACUUUGGGUUCGAGUUUACUCCUCUCAGCCCCAGCAACUCCAACACCCGCCUUGAACUCCGCAAACGGCACCGGAAUAGGCGGGCUGGCAGGCGCGCCGUUGCAUCCGCUUGCGUUGGGGAAUGUGGCUACGUUGCGACGGUUGCUGGAUCAGUCUGGCUCUGAGGAGGUGAAGGGGAUUGUGGUUAUAGGGGUGGGUGGUGUGGAGGACAAGGCUGGGUUUGAGAGGAUGAGGAGUGUAGGGGCGGGGGCUGUGGGUGUGGGGACGGCGUUGGGGAGGAAGGGUGUGGCUGUUUUUGGGGAGAUUGGCGAGGAAGGCAUUUAG